UUUUUCCUCCAGAGAGAGGACAGGUUGACUAACCAUAUCCACCGAUUUAUCUUUACAGCCACCACUCCUGUUCCAGAAAAGACUGAAAAUAUUCCAAGUGAGUAUAUUAAUAAUUAUAACAAAUAAACGCGUUAAUUGUUGCUUUUUUUCCUCCAGGGAGAGGACAGGUUGACUAACCAUGUCCACCGAUCUAUCUUUACAGCCACUGCUCCUGUUCCAGAAAAGACUACAAAUAGUCCAAGUAGCCGCCGUUCGCCAAAUGCAGGCACAAAACUUCCCGCACAACUGAAUGUAAUAAAGACUGAUGAUGUACCAGAGGAAUCAACGGGGGAGAACAAGCUAUUGUUUUUACUCUUCCUCCUUGCCUUGAUCCCAGCUGUAAUAGGAGUUGUUGUAGUCCUUAGAUGUCGGCAAAGAAGAAGGAGCCGGAAGCCUGAAAGAAAGAACUCCAGAAGCGUUGAACAAAAGCGUCCUCUGAUGUCACGCACAUUACGUAAGUUUCUCAUUUAUUAAUAAGCGUGAUUUAUUUUCUGGUCUUGCUCUAGAAACUGCAAAAGUAAAGAUAACCUUAUCGUUAUUGUGCAAUAAGCAAGGGGUAACGACUUUAACUUCUUAAACAAAUGUUUCAUUAUUAUGCUUGUUCUGAUGCUCCAUGGAACCAAGUUUAAGAACUCAUCCUCUCCACCCAUGACACGGUCAUUAGUCAAUCGAUCACUCCGAUCCCCUCGAGCUCUGCAACCAGCAUUUUGAUUAUCAGUCAGGGCAGUGCAUUUCACUGUGCAUUUCACUGUGCAUUUCACUGUAGCUCUCAUGGAUAAUUCUUUGACUUUGCGUUGAUUUCUAACUUGAAACUCUAAUCAAAGAGUCAACAAAAACUUGUAUUAACUCGUUAUUCUUCAUCCCUUUUAUAAAUAUAUGUAUGCAUUCAUUUAAAUGUAUUCAGUUUUUUUCCUCCUCUUUUUUGUUCUUCAGGUGGCUUAGAUACGUUGGUCCGAGAUUUACCUGUUGAGGACAGAAGGUUUAUUUCAGGUUGGCUUAAUGGCCAAACCACUGAUGGUAAACAGUUUACUUUGUCUUGUUUUGCUAAACAUUUAUUUGUGCGAAUAACAGGCGAAUUGAAACUAUUCUUGGAAAGCUUGUUCGAGAUUUCCCGGAAAUUUUCUGUUGUAUGUAAACAAUAGGCCAUUCCGGCUAGAGUUCUAAAAACCUCACUUUCAAAACGAGGCUAAGUGCAAAACCUCUUUUGUGAAAAUGAGUUUGAUUUGCAGGAGAUUAAAAAAAACCUUUUUCUUGCAUAACUUCGCAAUUAAUAUCGCUUUGACACUGAGGUUUGGAACAACUCGGAAAUUUAAGUUAACACUUCCAUAGGGAAGUACUGCUCAGUAGCUUUCAUCAGAAUGGUGACACUUUACUUUGAGUAGUAUUUCAUUCCAAGAAUCCCGCAAAACUUAGAAAGACUUUGUACAGCGCUUGUGAACAGUACCGCAGGAAAGUAGUGUUUUCAUUUCAGUGUUUACACUCGACGAUCCUUUUAAUUUCACGCACAGCUACGCUUAAAGUGAGAACCACCAUGUUUACUGAUCAAAUAUGUAGAAUUAUAAGCAAGAAGCGUUCAUCUCACGCUUUUGUCCACUGUGACAGUUUUUUGAUCUGAUGGGUUGAUGAGUUAUAACAAUUACAUUUUUGUUCUUUUUCAUUUUAGGUUACUACUACUACCAAUUAGUUUCAGAAAAACUGGGAUUUAAACAAGAAGAAAUUAGACAAUGGAGUCGAUUUGACAACCCUGCCGAGAAAUUUCUUGCCGCUUUUGGUGAAAUGGAAAAUGGCACCAUUUUAAUGUUAAUUGACGCUUCAAAGCAGGUGAGGCUGACUCUCUUUGCCAGUAAACUGGAGGAGAAAUUCAGCCAAGAAAAUGUAGCCGGUGAAGGACAAACAUGGGUGUAG